AUGAUUUUCUUUGCUUUGCCAUUUUUGGCGGCAGUUUUUGUUUUCACGUUAGCAGCUCCUAGUGAUAAUAGUUUCGUGGUGUCUUCGACAGAUCGAUCGCAAACAAUAAUUGGAAAGGAAGGGAUAUUCAAUGAUGUUGAAGCCACACAUCCCCUCAUUUACGCUAUGGAUAUCAACUCUAAUAUUUCUAACCGGUUUGCCAAGACUCUGGUGUUGAGUAAAGUCAAAAAUGCAGGCAACACAGCGAAGGAAGCUACGUUCACAGUAGUUCUACCGGAAAAAGCGUUUAUUUCCGAAUUCGUCAUGGAAAUUGGAGGCAAAAGCUACAAGGCAUACGUCAAGGAGAAAGAAGAAGCUAAAAAUAUCUAUAAUAAGGCUGUUGCUAGUGGACAGAGCGCUGGUCAUGUUGAAGUAAGUGCUAGAGAUUCCAACAGGUUCACAGUUUCUGUGAACAUAGAAGCAGAAUCCAAAGCAGAGUUUCUCCUAACAUACGAAGAAUUACUUGAGAGAAGAGAUAACCAGUACGAACUUGUUUUGAAUAUUCAUCCUGGACAAAUUGUCAAAGACCUAAACGUACAGGUUAUGAUAAACGAAAGUCGUCCAUUGAGAUUUGUGAAAACGCCACCCUUGAGAUCAGGUAACGAAAUCAGUAAGAACGAUGACAAAUUGGACCCGUCCUCUGAUAUAAAAAUCAUCAAUUCCACCAGCGCUAUCGUGAAGUUCAGCCCAGGGCCUGAAAGGCAAAAACAAUUUGGCAUCGAUCUGAGGGCGAAAGAAAAUGAAGGAUUAGCUGGACAGUUUGUUGUACAGUAUGAUGUCGAAAGAGAUUCCAGAGGAGGAGAGGUUCUUCUACAAGAUGGUUAUUUUGUCCACUUUUUCGCACCAGAGGACUUGGAACCCCUUUCAAAACAUGUUGUAUUCGUGUUGGACACCAGUGGCAGUAUGUCUGGAAGUAAAAUGGAACAGUUGAAAGAUGCCAUGUAUAGCAUUCUGGAUCAGCUGAGACCGAACGAUAUUUUUCAUAUUGUCGAGUUCAACAGUAAUGUGUUUGUGUGGAAUAUCGAUAGUGAAGAAAGUGUGAAAGUCGAUAUAAGUAACUACCAGGAACCUUUUGAAGAACUGACUCAAAAAAACAAUCUUCCUUCUGCACUAUCUGUUAUGAAUGAAAGCAUUCAAAAAGGGAAAAGUGUCAUCGGAAAAAUCGAUUCCAGGGGAAUAACAAAUAUAAUUGGUGGACUGGAAACUGGAUUACAUUUGAUAAAAAUCCAGAGAAACAAAGAGAAGGAAGAGUAUCAACCUAUGAUAAUUUUCUUGACAGACGGUUACCCGAAUGUUGGGGUAUCGUCUACUGAUGAAAUAACAAAAAUUGUUACUGACCUCAAUGCUGGAGAACACCAAAUUCCAAUAUUCUCCUUAUCUUUCGGCCGAAGUGCAGAUAAGAGUUUUUUGAGAAAAUUGUCUUUGAAGAACUUAGGCCUCUCCAGGCAUAUAUACGAAGCUUCAGAUGCUUCUCUUCAGCUGCAAGAUUUUUACAGGCAAAUCUCUUCCCCAUUACUAACGCACGUUAACUUCAAAUACGACUCAGAAGUUGAAGAAGUGACCAAGAGAGAUUUUCCAAUAUUUUUCAGAGGGUCUGAAAUUGUUGUUAGUGGACGUUUCAGUGGGCCAACUCUUCAGACUUCAAUUCAUGGUAGGGGAUCCAACGGCACAUUGGUCCUGUCGCCAAGCUUGGAGACUCCUGUAACUUCACUAGAACGUCUCUGGGCAUAUUUGACAGUAAAACAAGAUUUGCAAAGAAGAGAAGUUGCAGAAAAUAAGAUCGAGUUGACGAAGAAGAUUCUAGAUCUUGCAUUGAAAUAUUCAUUUGUUACCGAGGUUACCUCUCUGGUCGUGGUCAAACCCAAUGAUACAAGUGCCGUGGAAACUGAAGAUGCUUCUGAUUCGCAUCACAGAUUACUAUUACCAUCAAGUUAUAGCCCUCGCUACAGCUCAUCAAUACCUAUGGCUGGUGUUCCUGGAAAUCCUGGAAUCGCAGGUCCUCAGGGAUAUUAUCCCAUCAUGUACCCGAGAUCAGGUGCUGCAAUGUCCAUUCAAAACUUUGAUGGAGAUAGACAUGGAUAUAGGUACAUUAUGCAGAGGCGACCAAGUUAUAAGUCACGUGUGCUCCCAAUCAGACUCCCAAAUUUAGCAGUUUCAUCCACGCCAUCACCAACUAUAAAGAGUAGCUUGCCUUGGCUUUCCAGUGUUCUAGAUGCCAACAACUCCCUCAAUAUUUCAGGAGGUGUCUAUGAAAUAGGCGGAGACAGUACUGUUAAUCUAAACCCCGACUGCCCAAAAUCUCCUGUGAAUUCUACAGUGAAAGGACACUGUACUCUUCUCAAAGAUUGUCCUCAAGUACAUCACUUCUUGACUGACUUCCAAGUGUACCAGCAGUACUUUUGUCCACUAGAAAACAAGUAUGCUGGCGUGUGCUGUCCAAAAAUAAACCAGGUAUUACCAUAA